UCUGUGAAGACUCUGAUUGAUCGUUCCUGUUUUGAGACUAUUGAUGAUUCUUCCCCUGAAUUUAAUAAUUUUGCAGCCAUUUUGGAACAGAUUUUAAGUCAUCGUCUGAAAGGUCAGAUCACCUGGUUUGGCUAUGAAAGCCCUCGUAGCUUCUGGGACUAUAUCCGAGUAGCUUGCCGUAAGGUUUCACACAAUUGCAUCUGCAGCAUUGAGAAUAUGGAGAAUGUCAGUUCUUCUAGAGCAAAGGGCAGAGCGUGGAUCAGAGUGGCACUUAUGGAAAAACAUUUGUCAGAAUAUAUUUCUGCAGCUCUAAGAGACUUCAAAACAACCAGGAGAUUUUAUGAAGAUGGAGCAAUUGUCUUGGGAGAGGAAGCAAAUAUGCUUGCUGGCAUGCUGUUGGGACUCAAUGCUAUUGACUUCAGUUUCUGCCUGAAGGGAGAGGGAUUGGAUGGCAACUUUCCAGCUGUAAUAGAUUAUACACCCUAUCUGAAGUUCACCCAAAGUUCUGAUAGCAUCAGCAGUGAUGAAGAAGAGCUAAGGACUCUCGGAAGUAGCGGCAGUGAAAGCAGUACUCCGGAAAAUAUUGGACCUCCUUUCCUCAUGGAUGAAAACAGUUGGUACAACAAAUGCAAAAGGGUAGAACAGAAGUAUCGACUCACCUUGGAGCAGAAGGGUUAUCUUGAAGAGCUAGUACGCCUUAGAGAAACCCAGCUGGCUGAAUCUGUCUCACAAAACAAACUACUGCUACAGAGGAUUGAAGAUAUGGAUCUAGCCCAUAAAAUGGAGAAGGAACAGCUGGAGUACAUAAUUGUAGAGCUGCAGGACCAGCUAACUGUGCUAAAGAAUAAUGAUCUGAGAUCAAGACAAGAGUUAACUACCCACCUCACCAAUCAAUGGCCUUCCCUGGGAGCUCUGGAUGUCAAUGCUGUUGCCUUGGAUACUCUACUCUAUAGAAAGCACAGUCAACAAUGGGAUGAGAAAAGUUUUCAAAGUCUGGACCAACUCUCAGCAGAAGUUAGUCUUUCUCAGACAUCUCUGGAUCCAGGUAAUUCACAAGAUGGAGAUGGAAAGGAAGAUGGAUUAAAUUUACUAAGUGAAGGGAAGGAAGACACUCCAUCACUGCUUGGUCUCUGUGGUUCUCUGACUUCUGUAGCAAGUUAUAAAUCUCUUACAAGUCUGAAAUCAAGUGAAUACCUUGCAAGUCCUACAGCAGAGAUGACAAGUCCAGGUCUAACUCCAUCUUGAGCGGAUAUACAUAACAGGAAGAGCUUUUGUGUUGUAUGCCAGAAUUUGACUUGCUGUGAAGACUCUUAAAGGUUCAAGCAAGCUAAAGAAUAUGCUGCUUUAUUUUGUCCUUUUUUCAUAAUGAUCUAUUUAAAGAAAAGUCACAAAACUUACAUCCAUUGUUUGUCAUGCUUUUCUUUAAAAGGAUUUUUCCUGGACUUACCCUUUGAGAUCUUAAAUUGUUUAAGAAUCCUAGUCCGGUACAGAAUGUAUGUAUGAUUUAGUAACAUAUGAUUACCUUUUAGAAUGAAAUAUGUGAAUAUCAGUCUUCUGCUAAACAGUCGUGAUCUGUGUUCCACAGGCUCUUAACUAGAGCACUUCCUUGCACUGCUCUGCAUAUUUGUCAACACUUGCAGAAGAGACAGGGAAUAAGUCUUGGCAGUCUAGCAAAGAAUAUCUGAAUUCCAGUUUAUACUAUAUUACAAAACAUUGCUUGUUUAAAUAUCAUAUUUUAAUCUGCAUAUGUUCUAUUAUGUAGGAUCUGAAAUAACUUAUUUAACCUGUUAGAUGUUUUGAAAUACUGACAGGUAAGUGUUAAAUUUGCAUUCCCAUUAUGCCACUUAGAGUUAAUUUUUAUGUUCAGAUAAGGCCAUAUUAAGAAACAGUAUACAUCCCUAGGUUUUGAUAAGGGAACAGAGUAACAAAUCUUAUACAUCAGGAUUACUUCCAACUUUUAAGAAGGGAUUAGGAGGCAAGUCACCAGGUGAUCAUAAGACCCAAAUGAGGAAGAACUUUGCAGGUAGAAGGUGCAUCUUAGUUACUUGCUUUUUGUUACUGACUUAUGUUAAUGUAAAGGUGGGGGGAAACAUGGUGAUGUCAUCACCUUAGAGCUUUGGGGAAAAUUCCCCCCCCCCCAUGUCCAUUGUAAAGGAUCUCAGGAGUAAAAAAGGAUUAGAAUGGAAAUUGAUAAUUUAAAUGACAAUAUUCUCAUGCUCGUGUUUUUUUUUCCCCCAUGAAAGAGUUUUGGAUAGGUAUUUUUCUUGAUUAUGCUGUGCAGUAAUACUUAAACAGAAGUGAAUCCUUUAAAAUUCUAUGCCUCUAAUUAAGCUACUGAUAUGAAUUACCUGAAAACAUUUUGAAAUGAAACUAAACUUUACAUCUUCCCAGUUUAACUCUCACCUUUAAAGUUUGCAAAUUAAUUUUUGAAUUGCAAACUGUAUUCUAACACUGCAAACUGUAUUCUUAUAUCUUUGUAAGAUGUAACGAGUCCUUUAUCUAUGAAUUUUGCUAUUAAGGUAAUGCUGAUCAGUAUCUUUAAAAAAAAUAUUAAAUGCAUGUAAGUGUGUUGUAUUUAUUAAUCAAGGGGAAAAUGCUUUGUUGUGCCAAAGAAGUUUCAAAUAUUGUUUACAUGAGUGGCUUCAGUACUAAUAAGGUUAUUUAAUUACAGCAUACUUUCAGACAGAUUUUUGUUUACAGUCAGAUACUACAUUCUAUACUCUUUGCUUUAUUUAUAUUUGCCAGAGAAAUGUGCCUCUUGUAAUCUUACCCUUUGCACUACUAGUUUUUCAAAGGGUCGGAUAAAGAAAAACAGGCAAUCUAAUCAUUCUUGUAAACAGAAGAAUGCAGGAAUGUUGCCUUGAUAAGCAUGUGAAAUUACACAUUUUCAGAACUGACUAACCCACUCUAAUGAUCUCUGAAAUAAAACUUAAUUAAAACAGUAGUGCUCCUUUACUAAGGUCUACCAGAAUGACUAUUACGGCAUAAAGUAAUGUCCUGGUUCUUGCACUAAGAACAUGCUCUCAUGGCAGUUCAGUAGCUUAAUUGAACAGUAUUCAUUAAAUAGUAAUUUCUAAACUAAAGAUGCAUUUUUAAUACAAUGAGGGAAGCAGGAUUCCAUAAAGUUAACAUUACUGAUUUGUGUACAGUAACUUGAGCAACUUGUGCUGUUUUAAACAUUUCUCCCAGUACAUCACUGUUUGGCUAUAAUCAUGAUUUUCUAGUCAUGUCAGCAGAUAGCUCUGUUGGAGGAGCUGCUAUAAAAUUCAUCUGUCAUGUAAUUUAAGUUUUAUGUAAUCUUUCACACUAGUAUUAGUUUGUAAAUGUCAAUGUUCGUGCAUGAGGAAGCUGAUUGUAUGUGUGUGUCAGUUCUAAAUGCUGUCCAUUUUUCAGAAAUAUUUGAACAAAAAUAAAUGCCAAAAUUGUGUGUA